UUCAUUUUCAUGAGUGAAAUCAUCUUUGACUUUAUUUCAGCCACUUGCAAGUUGAGUGUUUAAUUAUCAUAUUCAACCUUAUGCCAUUGAUUAUUUUAAGCCUUGUAAGCUCAUGUAGCUCACCUAUCGGUGUAACGCACAUUAUAUAACUUUGAUGUGAAUGCAGAUUAAGAUGACAAUGAUGACUUAUCAUUGAUAAGAAUUCGUGCCUAAGCAAGAUAAUUAAGACUUUUUAUGCAUUACAGCCUUUAUAAAUCAUGAUUUUCUUUUAUUCAGUUACUCUUGAAUAGAAAGUCGAAGCAAAAAUGGAUGAAAAAAGUUCUCUAAAAGUUUUGAUGACUUCAAUGAUUGGCCUGGGCCAUGUAAAUGCGUGCAUUGGUAUUGGUUCACUUCUUCGCAAACGCGGUCAUCAAGUUUACUUUGCCCAUUUUGAUGAAAACAAAGAGGUGAUUGAAAAGCAUGGAUUUCAUUACAUCUCAUUGUGUGAAUACAAUGAUAAAAAUUAUCCCAUAAUGGGUGAAAUACCAGCCAAUAUUACAGCAUUUUUGCAAGCAGGUUUCGAGAUGGCUUGUAAGUUUUCAACUUUGGACACUUUAAAAGAGUCAAUUAAAUCUGGUCUUGGUGAUGGCCCAGCUUUUUUACUUGAAGUCGCCAAAGGUGAAAACUGUGCAAUGUUAAACAUCAUUGAAAAGAUAAAGCCAGAUGUUUGUUUAGUCGAUCAUUAUUGGAGUAUGCCUUGGAUGGUCAAAACUUCAUGUCCAGCAGUUCCUAUUAUAUCGUCAUCGCCACUUGAUCUGUAUAAUGGUCCACCGAUGGGUUCAGGAUAUUCAGUACAUGAUUCACCUGAGAUUUGGUCUGAAUACCGUAAGUUAAGGGAAGAGUCAGAAAAAAAUAUUGUAGCAAAAGCAAAGGAAUUGUACAAAUUUUUUGAUGCUGAAUACAAACCACAAAUUUAUGCAGAGCAACUGGGCAUUUACAUUUUCCCUGGUCCAUUAGAUUAUCAUGAAUUGGGUUCACCAAAAGAAAAAUGGUUUCGUUGUGACUCAUCCAUUCGCACACCAGAAACAUUGGAUUUCGCAUUACCAGAAAAACUUAAAGGCAAACCAGGAAAAUUGAUUUAUGUCUCAAUGGGAACUGUUGUUUCAGCCGUUCGACAGCUAAUGGAAAUGAUUGUUUCUCCUUUAGCCAAAUCGCCUCACCGAUUCGUUGUUUCAACAGGUGUUUAUGGUGGUGCGCUUGAACUUCACGAUAACAUGUGGGGAGAUAAAUAUAUCAAUCAGAUCGCUCUCUUACCCAAAGUUGAUCUAUUUAUAACUCAUGGAGGAACCAAUUCGUUGAUCGAAGGCCUAGCUGCUGGCAAACCAUUGAUAGUUAUUCCACAAUUCGGUGAUCAACCGGACAACGCUCAACGAGUAGUUGAUCUUGGUUUAGGUGCGAGGAUAAACUUGCAUGAAUUCAGUGGUGAGAAGCUACUGAAAGCCAUUGAAGAUGUACUCAAUGAUGAAAAGAUUCUUGCAAAUGUUGCUCGAGUCAGUGAAGAGCUGGAAAAGUCUGAUACGAGAGAUAAAGUUAUUUCUCUUAUUGAGCAACUGGCACGAAACAAAACGCUUUGAAUUUCAAUUUCGAUUCGUUCUUCGAACACGAUAACUAAGAUGAAUAAUUUUAAAUUUAUAGUGAACAUGAUUGUAACUGUCUUUCAUAAAAGUUGACAUUCAAUUCAUAAAUUAUUAUAAUAUAUUGAUUAAAUAAAAAGAUAAAUCUUCAAUU